CCGCCAUGGACCUAUCUCACCCGCGCCCGCUGGGCCGCUCGAGAGCCCGGGCCCCGAGCGGAGGAUCGUCCUUCGUCAGUUGCAGCCGACUUCGUCAAAUUCAAAGUAUCCUGACCCAAAGCAGCAAGUCUCAGCCCGAUGGCAUUCUCUGCAUUUUAGGUAUUGACAGCAGAUACAAUGAAGGCUGCAGGGAGCUGGCCAAUUACCUUCUAUUUGGUUUGUACAACCAGAGUAUCAGUGACUCAGAGAGACCGGGGUUUUCUGAAGAAGUCCUUGAUGAUGUAAUUAUAUUGAUCAAAUCUGACAGUGUUCAUCUGUACUGCAAUCCUGUGAAUUACCGUUAUCUCUUGCCCUAUGUAGCACAUUGGAGAAAUUUACAUUUCCACUGCAUGACUGAAAAUGAGUAUGAAGAUGAAGAAGCCGCUGAGGAAUUUAAAAUUGCCAGUUUUGUGGACAUGGUUCGAGACUGUAGUCGAAUUGGCAUUCCUUAUAGCUCUCAAGGUCACCUGCAGAUAUUUGAUAUGUUUGUGGUGGAGAAGUGGCCAAUUGUUCAGGCUUUCGCACUUGAAGGCAUUGGUGGGGAUGGAUUUUUUACCAUGAAAUAUCAGCUGCAGGAUGUAAGUGCUGAUUUGUGGAAAGUAUACAGCCGGAUGGAUCCCAUUUCGCUGGAGAAUUUGCUAUCUCAGGAUUUAAUGACUUUUGAACACCAGUGGACCAACUUCUUUGCUAAUUUUGACACAGAAAUCCCCUUCCUGCUGGAACUUUCAGAGUUCCAAGCGGGUGAGCCGUUCCGAAGUUACUUCAGUCAUGGAAUGCUCUCCAGCCACAUUACCGACAAUAGCCCAAGCAGGCAGCCAUUCGUUCUUUUUGGUUGCCACUCAACUGCAGAAAAUCUCAAUGCCAGCAACUUCAACUUUCCUUCUGAGGGGCAUCUGGUGCGGAACACUGGCCUGGGAGGCAGUACAGCCAAGCACAUGGUUGUGCAAUGUGUCUCUCCAAAAGGACCCCUCGCUUGUUCAAGAACCUAUUUUUUUGGAGCCUCUCAUGUUCCUGAUUUAGGAAGCACCAGUGAAUUGCCCACGAAAAACAUGCAAGUUAGGCAGUUGUCCCAGAUAUAUGCUGCUGUUGUUGAGGCUGUUCUGGCUGGCAUUGCAUGCUAUGCUAAAACUUCCAGUAUAACCAAGUCGAGAGAAGCAGCGGAGGUGACACUUUGGAAUCUGCUAGAUUCUUUUCAGAUGAAGAAGUUUAAGUCUGUUCUAUGCUACAAGGUGGCUUUUCGUAUCCAUGCUGUGAACAAUCAGGGAAGAAUUGUACCUCUGGACAAUGAAGACAGCUUAUACUCUGUUAAAACGGCCUCCAUGAGUGUAUAUGACAUUCCCGAGUUGACGGGAGGAAAAGAGUGCUUGGGGUCUAUAGUCUUCUCAGAAUCAUUUUUGACAUCUCAGAUCCUUGUUAAAGAAAAGGAUGGCAGUGUUACCGAAGAAACCAGCUACAUGAUUCUGACUGCCCCCAUCAGAAGAUUUUGCUCUUGGCUGGUGGAAGAUAAUGAAGUGAAAUUGUCUGAGAAAGCCCAGCUCACAGUAAAGGAGGAUGAGUCUUUCUUGGGUACUCUCCUGACAGGAGGAGAUAAAGCAUAUAUUUAUUCCAGCAAUGCACAGGCCUGGCCAGAGGAAGGAAAAUUUUACUUCUUUUCAGAUGGCCUUUUGUUUUCCCACCAUCAUUAUGGAAGUAUCACCAUCUCUAAGAAUCACAUGAAUUCCAUAUGCUUCUAUGAUGGGGACUCCACCACUGUUGUUGCUGCCUUGUUGAUAGACUUCAAAAGUUCCCUGCUUCCUUAUCUUCCAGUUGAAUUCCAUACAUCGAGCAAUUUUCUGAUGAUUGCCUUUUUCCCCAAAUCCAAGAUGUACCAAGCAUUUUAUGCAGAGGUCUUCUCUCCCUGGCAACACCCAGCUAAUUCAGAGCUGGCAUUAAAAGUGAUCCAGGAAGAUGGAUUAUCUGAAGAACAAAAAAGAUUAUACUCCAAUGUGCAAAAACUCUUUAAUGCCCAGUCCUAUCCUGUUGGGGAAAGAGGGAGUCAGCUCAAACUCCUGAAUGCCCGUCUCCCAGAUGUGGACAGAUUUCUCCAGCAUUUUGCCGUCUGCAGUGUCAGCCAGGAGCCAGUAAUGAGGUCCCAUUUUCCUGUCCUCCUGCAACAAGGUGAAAUCAGGCCUGCUCAGAAAGUGGAAAAUGAAAAGGUGAUUAUCAACAUUGUCACAGGCCUGCCAGGCUGUCAUGCCAGUGAUCUAAGUGCUUUCCUGGUGGCUCUGCAUAAGGAAUAUGGAAGGUGGAUGGUGUAUAGGCAAACCAUGGACACCUCUGAAUGUUUCAGUGCAGCCCACUUCCAAAGAUACUUGACUAGUGCCCUGGAGGCCCAACAGAACCGCAGUGCCAGACAAUCAGCAUAUACCCGGAAAAAGACCAGAUUGUUGGUGGUGUUACAAGGCUACACAGAUGUUAUUGAUGUUGUCCAGGCACUCCAGACUCACCCUGACUCAGAUGUGAAGUCUACUUUUGAAAUUGGUACAAUCACUACAUGCGUGGAGCCCCUGAGCUGCUAUAUGGAGCACAGAUUUCUCUUUCCUAAAUUUCUUGAUCAGUGUUCACAAGGCUUGGUAAGCAAUGUCGUAUUCACUAGUCACACUAUGGAGCAAAGACAUCCCCUCCUUGUGCAGCUGCAGAGUCUCAUCCGAGCAGCAAAUCCAGCUACAGCUUUCAUUCUUGCCGAAAACGGGAUAGUGACCAGGAAUGAAGACAUUGAGCUGAUUCUUUCAGAAGACAGUUUUUCAACUCCUCAGAUGUUGCGAGCUCGAUAUUUAAUGUUUCCUGGCUGGUAUGAAGGUAAAUUUCGUGCAGGCUCAGUCUUCCCACCAAUGGUUCAGAUCUGUGUCUGGUUUGGCCGCCCCUUGGAGAAGGCUCGCUUUGUGGCCAAAUGCAAAGCAAUCAAGUCCUUGAUCAAGCAGAGCCCCUUCUCCGGAAACAUCUACCACAUCCUGGGCAAAGUGAAGUUUUCAGACUCAGAAAAGAUGAUGGAAGUUUGUCACAACACACUAACUAAUUCCUUAAGCAUUGUGCCGGUUCUGCCGGGUCCUAGCCCACCUCCAGAUUCCCGGGGAGCCCCCCGAGAUGGCAGCGCUCAGCAGGAGAGUUACCUCGUAUUCAUCGGUUGCUCUCUGAAAGAGGAGAGCGUCAAGGACUGGCUACGGCAGACUGCAAAGCAGAAACCCCAGAGGAAAGCCCUGAAAACCAGGGGGAUGCUGACAUUACAAGAGAUCAAGAACAUUCAUGUGAAACGCCACCUGGACCCCCUGCCUGCAGGUUAUUUUUAUAAUGGAACCCAAUUUGUCAACUUCUUUGGUGACAAGACUGAUUAUCACCCAUUAAUGGACCAAUUUAUGAAUGAUUAUGUGGAGGAAGCAAACCGGGAGAUUGAGAGGUACAACCGAGAGUUGGAGCAACAGGAGUACCCCGACCUAUUUGAGCAGAAGCCCCCGAGCUAGCCCACAAAGGUUCUCUGUGCCCAGGCAAGAGCCCCGGGCACAAGUGCCAGCCUCACGGCUGCCACCUCCACACAUUGUCCCUAUUCUCACAUGGUCAGAGACACUCAGGGGUUGUCUACCCCUCGGCGUUCUGGGACAUGUCUGAGGACGUGUUUCCUGGCAGGAAGCUGCUUCUUUACUCUGGUCUGCCUGUUUGUGCUGUCUCAUUUGCAUGUGGUCCUGAUUCAAGAUACAGUGCUUUCUCAAAAUCGUCGCCUGGACCCUCAUUUGCUUUUGCAAGGACAGAGGAGAAUGAGGGACUGUAGACACCCCAUGAAGCAGUCUUGGGAUUGUUGUCCCCCAAGUGCUGUCUGCAGUCUAGUCGUCCUGUCUUGGCCUAAAAAAAAAAGCCUGUGAAGGAGGCUUGUGCCGUUUCUUGUCUUGUGGGAGGGCGGAAGUGCUCUUCAAGGGUAAGGAACUAUCAGGAUUGCAUGAAGGGUUCUCCUGAGCUGCCUACACACCUUUCACUUCUCUGGCAUUAGCCAAGUCUUGAGUUAGAGUCUGGAGGAAGCAUGAACUUCAGGCCUCUCUCCCUCAUCUUGUGGAGUCUUUAUGAAACUGGUGGUAAGAGUGAAAAGGAGAGAAGGUAGGACUUUCUUGCCUCCUGUGUAGGGACCAACUAAAGGUCCAGUGUCCCCCAUCCCCACUCCCUAGCCAUGGUCAAUGCCAAGGCCCCUUAGAUCCCUGCAAGAGAUAGUACAUGAGGUGAGAAUAGUCUUCACAGAGAUUGAAGGCCCUAUCUGGGAGAUUUCUGGCCAGCCACUUGUGAUAUGAGGAAAAAUGGCUGGUUUCCUUUUUCCCUUCCAGACUGGAAGAAGCCUAAUAGGGUAGAUCAUGUCUCCCAGAGCUGGGUUUCCUUUGUUCUGUAGACCACUCCAGCACUGUUCCUUCUCCUCAGUUUGGGGAGGACAUCAGUGUCCUUGGCUCGUCAGUACUAUUUUGGUUUGGAGCUGAGUUGUUGCUUAAUUUUAGGCUUCUAAACAAGGAGAUUGGGUGGGGGGGUCUUGUCACCCUCCCAGGUGCCUGCUGGACCUCCCCCCCACAUGGAUUUUAAUUCUGCCUUUUUACUCUCCUUCCACGGAGCUUUAGAUCCGCUCUGAUAGGGCAGAGGAGGGUCAGGCUUUUGGCUGUGGUGUGACUUCCUCCCAGUCCUGGACACACACAUAUGAUGCAAUAAGACUUAGUUGUGGAAAAUUUACUCUAAGUCCCUAAGCCCUCUCGCUGCCCCUGGCUUUGGCUCCUAAGGGAGAGGAAAUGUCACUGUCUUCCAGCAAACGUAUUCAAAAUACUUUUUGUCUCUUUUGCCCAAGCAAACAAGCAAAGUGUUUGGUGUCCUACAAUUCCUUCCAAUAGCUUUGGUUUCAGUAGGACAUUAAAGCAAGUGUGACUGAAUAUUAUUCAGAGCGGACUUGGCUAGUUGGGAUUGUGUGUCCACCAGGGCAGCCCCUUGGGGAAGUCUGGAUGGGAGUGAUCGAGGGCUCAGAAUUGUAGGCAUCGCUUUUGUUAUGGCCUUUGGUGUUGUCAUGUUGAGCCUCUCAAGUUUAGAAUUUAGUCUUGUGCAUGCCUUAGGACUUGGUAAAACAUGUGAUUUCUUUACAAAGCACAUAGGUGACACCAUUAGUGAGCUUUAACUAUCCGGGGAGAUUUUUAAGGGGGAGCAAAGUCUUGCCCCAAGUAGAAAGUUCAUGAUGGAUCCCAUGAAUUCUCCAUGCAUGACUCCAUGUGGGUCUUCACUGUACUUAGUGCCUGCUAAAGUUAGUGUAGCAAAACUGUUUUCAGGGGCUUGCCCAGGUUUGGAAGCCAGUCAAAAGUGUUGUGUUGGAGAAGAUAAUGAUCGGUGUUUUAAACUGGGAUUACAAGAACCCAGAUUCUAUUCAGCAAGAAACCUCACAUUGAAAAAGGCAUCUGAAAAAAGAAAUGCACGAGUGAGCGUUUCAUCUCCAAGACACCAUUUGGCUGGCCCCUUCCCAUGCCUGCCAUGAGAAGAAGGGACUGAGGUGAUGCCAAAGCCAUAUGGAUCCUUCGUUGCCUGGGCAACCACAUGCCUGGUGCAGAAAAGCAGUGACAAUGGGCCCUGGACUAGCUCAUUGUCUCUGCUUGGGAAUCAGUAACUGUGUAGACUUUGAAGUGCAAUUGAUUAAAUAAUAGAUGAAGAUACUGUAGCUUCCUUUUGUUCCGCUGAACUCUUUUUAAAAACUCAAAAUUGUGCAGCAUUGGGGGUGGGGGGGGGGACACCAGUGGUCCAAUUCAUUCAACUAUUGCUAUGAAGUUUUAUGUGAAACUCUCUUGGAGGUUGGGGGAAUCUGAGAAUCCUGCUGCACAAAGAAUCCAUUUUUAAAGAGAGCGUCAGCUUCCUGGCCUUGCCAUGCAUAGCAUAGACCCUCACGCUGCUGUAUUGCUCACUGCGCAGUGUUCUUGGUGACUGACUGUAUGAUACCCAUGGAAAAAGUCUUUUCACCAACCUGUGGUACUGUUCCAAUUUCCUCUCUGUUGGGAUCAGAGACUAUGUGAUUACCUCAGCUCUGAAUAUAAAACUGUGAUUUUGAAAAUGUUCAUUUUUAAUGUUAUGAAGCCCAAAUGGCAAAGCUGUGAUGAGGGGUGACCGUUUGGAGCUGAGCGGCCAAAGGGCAAAGCUCUCCACCCCCGGACUGUUCACUCUCUUUCCCCUCAUAUUUGAACCUAUAUGACCGAUACAAUGUUGGUGAAAGGACUUUAAAGUGUAACACACGCCAUGUUAACCUAGUUGAAGAGUCUUAGCACAUCUGGCUAAACUGUAUAAACUCUUUGAGGACUAACGCCUGUGAAUAGUGAUCCUGAAGCUUGGCACCUAUGCCAGGCCUAAUUGGAUCUGGGCUGGCCUCUGCUAGAUGAACUCUUUAUGAGGUUCCUAAAAGUCAGCCACCUUUUUUGGCUUGGAUUAGUUUUUCUGCCAUGGUCUGCUCAGGGACAUAUGGUAGCAUGAGUUAUCCCAGGUGAGAGGACCUACAGCUACUGUACAGCCUGGGAAAGUGCCAUCCCUCAGAACAGCCAGUGGCCCAAAAAGAAGUGCCAUUACACUGUGUCUUAUCUUUUUACUGUAGGGAAAAGAAAUGGAGGGACAGGAAGUGAAUCCAUGCAUUUGGAGCUCUGAGUCCCAGAGUACAGGCACGAGUCCUCAAGGGGUUUACCUGCUUUUUGCUGACCUUGUUAGCAGCUUAGGUUUUGUAUCACCUGGAGUGAAUGGGAUUUAGAAUUUCUGAAGUUAUAGUUGGUUUGGGUUUGGGGUGGGGGAUGCAGUCACCUUAUCAAAGGGCUUUUUGUAGUGCCCUGAGCCAGGAUCUGGGCUGCAGCUGUGAAGUCCCAUAGGCAGGACCCUGACCCCAGGGGAUGGCCAAGGAAAAUUUCUCUCCAAAUUCUUUUGGGAUUUUGGAGAAUUUGCACAGUGGUAACUCUGGGGUGCCCUUUGGGCUUUUAUAAUGGGCAAAGUUGUAACGAGGAUAGAAGCUUGUAAACUGUGAGUGUCCGGCUGCCUCGUGGGGUUAAUUGUCGACAGAUUUGUAAAGAUGUGUCUACCAACCUGGGUUGGACAUAUACUCCUUCAUAAUUGUCCAAAAUUGUCAAAUAUGACCCUCGAGCUCAUGGACAGUGUGCCAAAAGCCACUUUUAUACUAGCUUUUGAUGCUUUAAUAUUUGCAACUUAAGUUAAAAAUUUGUUUUUACAAACACUACUGUAACUUCAGUGAGACUGAAUGGUGUGGUUGAAGCUUUCUGGCUUAAUAUUGUAUUUAUUACAUUCAAUUCAGUGGGUCUAUAAAAUUAGCUUCCACUUAUUUUUAUAUUAUUUGACAUAUUUGUACCUGCGGUUUGUGUCUGUGACUUUUACAUUUGUAAUUCAGACUUGACACUAAGAACCAAUAAACUGUCACUGCUAAGUAAAA